AAGAAGAGAAGUUUGGAGAUAACAAGAAACAAACAUCAAUGAGAGAAGACUAUACUAUAUUGAAAAAGGCAUUUAAGAAAGAAUUAAGUAAACCUGGAGAGGACUAUGUUGAUGCCUUUUUGAACCAUCUAGAUGGAUGUGCAAAAGUGUGGAGACCGAAUAAAUUCUACUCCCCUUAUACAUCACUUGUACAAGCGAGUGGGACAGGUAAGUCAAGGCUAUUGCGGGAAUUGGCAACUGAAAAAGAUGUCUUGGUAAUCUACAUUUGUCUACGCAAAUCUGGAUGGCAUGGUUACCCAAAUCGUUCAACCAUUGCUGACUAUUUAACCAAAGAAGCACAUGAUGAAACCUAUUACAUGGGGUUUCUUUCAGCUUUAUUUAGGGUGUGUAAGGAAUUUUUGGAGCAGCUCAAAAUACAAUAUUCAGGCAAAAUAUGUGGUCAUAUGUUUGACAUUCUCAUUAGUGAUAGUAAUGAUACAGAACU